ACAUCAAAUGUGAUUUUUCUGUUGUCGGCCUGAGAUGCUGUCAUUGCAGAGCAGAGAGGAGAGGACUGCAACUGCAGGCCAGCGCGACCUUUUUUGGUUUUAGAAGGCCUCCUUACUAAAUUUAGAGAUCUAAAGAACAGGGGCAGCUUUUUCAUCGUGUUAAUUUGCACUACUUUUCUAAUUCUAAGACAGUAUGGUCUUACUUCAGUGCUGUGGUUUUCUCUGAAAAUGAUUGCUGUACACCUGAACAGAACGUUGCAAAUCUUUGGUAGAUCUGCUGUUGAGUCUUUGAAGACAAAUAAUCUUUUGCCGACAUCAUCCUUUUUAUGUUCAAUACUCACUAACAGAAUGGCAAGCUCGGCUGACCUACAGAGGAUCAAAGCUCGUUCAGAGGAAACGGAUCGUAUCCUGGCUGAGCUACAGGGCCAGAUAGAAGCUGUUAGAAAAGCUGCAGUGAGAGAAGCGGGUCGCGGGGAGGAAGAACAACUGGUGAAGGAGAAUGAGGCCAUCAGGAGAGAAGUCUUGGCUUUGAAGAAGGCUUUGGCCUUGGCUGAGAUUGGAAAUGGAGUGCGACAGGUGAAAAUGCCUACCAAAGGAGAUUUGUCUUCUCUUUCGGCCUCAACUGCAUCGGCACCCCCUGUCGUCAACGGCAGCUCUGCUCCUGCACCUGAGAAGAAACAGCAAGCGAAAAGUGAAAAUGCAGGAAAGAAAUCCAAACCAGAACAAAAGCCAGAUGCUGGCGGCAAGAAGGCGAAGACUGAGAAAGGAGGGAAAGGCGGGAAGGGAGGAGCAGGAGGAGAAGAAGGAAAGGCAAAGAAGGCUGGCGCAGCCUCUGGGGGAGACAAUGCAGAUGCUGCAGUGGACAUCUCCAGACUGGACCUCCGAGUGGGCAAGAUUGUGGAUGUGGAGAAACACCCCGACGCCGACUCAUUGUACGUGGAGCAGGUGGACCUGGGAGAGGGCAAGACAAGGACAGUGGUCAGCGGACUGGUCAAGCAUGUGCCUAUCAAUGCAAUGAGGGAGAGGAUCGCCGUGUUCAUGUGUAAUCUGAAGCCUGCCAAGAUGAGAGGUGUGCUCUCCGAGGGCAUGAUCAUGUGUGCCGUGGGACCAGAGAAGACAGAAAUCUUGGUCCCUCCCACGGACUCCGUAAUCGGUGACCGAGUGAAGGUCCUCGAGUUUCCAGGAACCCCGGAUGGACAGCUCAACCCUAAAAAGAAAAUCUGGGAGACACUCAAGCCAGAUGUGCGAACAAGUGCCAGCCGAGUUGCGACUUACAAAGGGGCGCCACUCAUCAUUGAGGGCAAAGGACAAGUUGUUGCUCCUACCCUGGCUGACUGUCAGAUCUCCUGAGCACGCACCAUAUCUCUGUUUUAUUUCAUGUUGUUUCUCAAAGCCAUUUAUUUUUUUCUUGAAUCAGUUCAAUAAAUAAAUAGCCA